AUGAGUCAGGACUUCAGUAACACAGCGCAGAAUUUAAGAGUAGCUGCUAUUUUAGUCUCGAGCAGCUGUGCGUCGGUGCACGACGAGCUGCCUCAAUGCACGCUGCAGGGCGUCUAUAGAGAACGCCAGAGUUUGAUUGAGUCGCCCAAUUAUCCGGACACUUAUCCAUUUAACAGUUGCGUCGAUUAUGUUAUCCGUUCACCUUAUCGCUGCCCGACCAAGUUCCACGUGCAAUUCCUGGACUUUCAGCUGGAGCUGUCGGCGAAUUGCAGCCACGAUUACGUGGCUGUCGGUCUGCAGCAGGACGAACGCGAUAUGGACGUGCUCUGCGGCGAGGUGCGAGGCAUCAAAAAGUAUCAGACGCCGGAUGGCAUACUACGCCUAAGAUUUCUAAGUGAUGAUUCGCCUUGGACUACGGGCGGUGGCUUUCGACUGUUGGUGACGCGCUUGGCCUGCGAGCGCGAGGAAGUGACGGCACGUGGCUUAGACAGAGACAACGCCGACGAUGAUCUGGAUGAUACGGUGCAGGUGACUGCCCAGCUGCCAAACAAGAAACAGCAGCAACAUCGCAAUUUCAGUCUGCCCGCUGCUUAUCCGGCUUAUCCGACUUAUCCAGGGUCAAGCUUUGCUGGUGGAUUCUAUUUGCCUGCUGCUCCUCCCUGCAAUGACAACAAAUCGCCGCUGCAGCUGCAGCAGCAACAGCAGCAACAAUUACAGCAAUUACAACAGCAACUGCAGCAGCAACAGCAACAGCAGCAACAGUUGCUGCAGCCGCAACCAUUUUCACAGCAGCAACAGUUGCUAUUGCCUCAACAGUGGCAGCUGCUGCAGCAGCAAUGGCUCCAACAGCAACAGUGGCAACAGCUGCUGCAACAGCAACAGCAACAACAACAAUUAACACAGCAGCAACAGCCAGGACAACAACAGCAAUUGCUUCAGCAACAACAACAACUGGCAAAACAGCAACUGUUGCAGUCACAGGAGCAACAGCUGCCCAGCAUUUCAGAGCAGUAUCAGACGAGCUCUUUCCAAUCACCCAACGCCCUACUACGUGAUUACGAUCCACAGUUUGGAGGGCAGGUGGAUCUAUGCUGCAUCAGCAGCUUCAAUCAGGCCCAUUUCUACUUGUCCAGUCCGGGCUUUCCACGCACCGUACUCAACGCUCUGCUGCCGAAUCAGCAGCGAGAUUGCGUCUUCUAUCUGGAAAAGAGUUCUCCCAAUGUGGCCGGUCUGCGCAUUCAAUUCAAAUUCUUUGAUUUUGGUCACUCCGCUGGAGCCGUCUAUCCGGCGCCAAUCGCUCCGGGCGCAUCCAGUUGUUCCGGGGACUUUGUGGAGGUGGAUGGUCAGCGCUAUUGUGGCUGUCGCUCGGGCCAUAUACACAAAUCCUUUUGGCCGCAGGGUCGCAAAGCUUUGCGUUUGCGCAUGGGCCAGUCGGGUGGUUCGGCUACAAAUGGUUUUCUGCUGGAGAUCUUUCAUGAUCAGGACACGAGCAACUAUGGCCUGAAUUUGAACAAUCCUUUGAGUCGGCCUGGCCUAGGUGCCUAUCAGCCACAGCUAGGCGCGAUUCAACCACAGCUCGGAGCACUUCAACCACAGCUCGGAGCACUUCAACCACAGCUCGGAGGUCUUCAACCUCAGCUCGGAGGACUACAAUCACAGCUUGGCUAUCAACCAAGCUUAGGUGGUCUGCCUAGUCUAGGAGGCUAUCAGCCAGGUCUCGGUGGCUAUCAGCCCCAAUCAACGCUAUGGCCCAACUAUCCUGGACGGCUGCCCAGCUACCCACUCUCGCCGCUCUCUCCGUUGCUGCCCACGCCCUAUCGUCAAUCUCGGCAGUCAGGCUCCUGGGCCCAUGCCCGUGGCCUGGAUGCUCAGCAGCCCUCUCGUGUGGUGGAGACAAACUCCACACGCAAAGAGUUUUACUAUUUCGAUGCUGAUGAGGCGUUUGCUCGUGCUGCUCUCGACGACGAUGAGGAGGUGAAGACGACACCGACAACGACUCCCAGGCCGGUCAAGCUUAGCACAAAGGCUUUCGAGCAGAGCAGCUGCACCUUCGACUACAUGGAGGUGCUGCGUCUCUCCGUAGACACGCUCUGGAUAACCAAGCCCAUCUGCUUUGCCCCGCUACGCAGCUGGUUUAGCAAUAUUUUUGGCUAG